CAGAAGCAGAAGCCACAAAUAGGGAUCGGAGCUAGCUAGAUAGCUUGAAUUGAGAACAUAUAUUGAGGUGAAGAAGUUUAAAUAAGUUCUUAAUUAAUAUUAGUGUGCUAAGAUGGAGGUCAUCGCUGCUCACAACAAUGGCGGCGUCGUUACCAACCACCAGAAUGGCACCGCCAGCCACCACAACGGCACCGCCAGCCACCACAAUGGCACCGCGAACCACCACAACGGGACUGCUCAUGAGAACGCCGGCAACGACUUCGGGUGCAUUAAACCGGGGUGGUUUUCUGAGUUUAGCCAAAUGUGGCCCGGCGAAGCAUUCUCACUGAAGAUAGAGAAGCUACUAUUCAAAGGAAAGUCUGAUUACCAAGAUGUUAUGCUCUUUGAGUCAGCUACAUAUGGGAAGGUGCUGACAUUGGAUGGAGCAAUCCAACACACAGAGAAUGGAGGAUUUCCCUACACUGAGAUGAUUGUCCAUCUCCCACUUGGCUCCAUACCUAACCCAAAGAAGGUUUUGAUUGUUGGGGGAGGAAUCGGUUUCACUUUAAUGGAGGUGUCCCGUUACCCCACCAUUGAAAAAAUAGACAUUGUUGAAAUAGACAAAAUGGUAGUGGAUGUAUCUAGACAAUUUUUUCCCUACCUUGCUGCAGGAUUCGAGGAUCCUCGUGUAACGCUCCACAUUGGAGAUGGAGGUGCAUUUGUGAUGGGUGCCGAGAAGGGAUAUUAUGAUGCAAUUAUCGUAGAUUCUUCUGAUCCCAUAGGUCCAGCAAAGGAGUUGUUUGAGAGGCCAUUCUUUGAAGCAGUAGGCAAAGCUCUAAGAGCAGGAGGCGUUGUGUGCACCCAAGCAGAAAGCAUAUGGCUUCACAUGCAUCUCAUUAAACAGAUCAUCGCAAGUUGUCGUCAGGUUUUCAAAGGCUCUGUGAACUAUGCUUGGACCACCGUCCCAACUUAUCCCAGUGGGGUGAUUGGCUACAUGUUGUGCUCUACUGAAGGGCCGCCAGUCGACUUCAAGAAUCCGGUCAACCCUAUCGACAAAGAUACCACCCAUGUCAAAUCCAAACCACCCCUCAAGUUCUACAACUCCGAGAUUCAUAAAGCGGCUUUCACUCUACCAUCCUUUGCCCAAAAGUUGUUGGAGUAGGGAUUAAAGUAAUGAAUUGAAGGUUUUCACAAGAUUUAAGGAGACCGGGGAGCAUUAAUAUAAUAUAAUAUAAUGUUAGCUGCCUAUAAAUAAAUAAAUGUGGUAUGAUGUUGAGUUAUGUUGUAUUAUUUAAUUAGUAGUCAUGUUAUCUGUUUAAAUAAACUGAUGAGUGUAAGAGAUAUUUAAUAAA